CAUUUUGACUUUCGUUUGGACCAGUUCCGAGAAUUCUUGUCUUGUUUUUUUUUCCCUGUGAUCUUGCUGUUUUUGCUUCUUCUUCUCCUUCUUCUUCUUCUUCUUCUUCCUCUUCUUCUUCUCGUGUUGUACUUCAGACCCUCCCUCUCCACCUCACAGCCCUCACCCCUCCUCCGCUGCCCGUGAGUCAGUUCAAACAGCUGCAUAGAAGAUGUCCGCCCCAGAUGCUGCUGCCGCCCCCGGUGCUCCAGGAGCCCCCGGAGCAGAUGGAGCCCCAGGCGGCGUUCCUCCCGGCCCACCCAACACCUCCAGCAACCGCAGGCUACAGCAGACACAGGCCCAAGUGGAGGAGGUGGUGGACAUCAUGCGGGUGAAUGUGGACAAGGUUUUGGAAAGGGACCAGAAGCUUUCAGAGCUGGAUGACAGAGCGGAUGCUCUCCAAGCCGGAGCCUCUCAGUUUGAAAGCUGCGCCGCUCAGCUAAAGAACAAGUACUGGUGGAAGAACUGCAAGAUGAUGAUCAUGAUGGGUGUCAUCGGAGUCAUUGUGGUUGGAAUACUAUUCUUGUACUUCUUCUACUGAGCUCUGCCCAUCAGUACCGAUGGAUAUGGACUUGAGAAAGAUAUGAGAGGGAAAGAGAAAAAAAUAAAAAGAUACCCAAGCGCCACUCCUCCCCUUUUAUCCGUCCUCUCUUCACAGUCUUCCAUCAAACCAUCUCGCACUUAUACGUGACAGUAGUGUUUAUAGGUGUCUCCGCUCUGCGCCCCCCCCUCUCCCUCCCUUCUUGUUGCUUUCUUCCACUGCUUUGGUGUCCUGUCUCUGCACCUCAUGUAUUAUUGAAGGACGCAGCGGGCGGAGUGGAUGGAAGAAAGGAAAAUGGAAGGAGGGAGAGAGAAAAUUCUUGUGACACGGGAACACACGGGGCUCAGUCCUCUGAACGGGGCUGUGAGAGGGGGGAGCGUGCAGAUGGUGAGAUUGAACAAGAGUUUGCAGUCCCUUCCUCCCCAGAUACGCCAAAGCUUCUUCAUAUUACCUUUUUUGAGAGUCCUACAUUUGUAAGUUGAAACUGACUUGCCUAACUAACACACUGCUUCUCUCACAACUUCUACCAUUAUUGCUACUUACUAACACAAGGUCAUUUUAGAUUAAGAUUAGAAACAUUUUUGUUGUACGUGCGUGUGUUUGUGUGUGUGUGUGUGUGUGUAUUUGUGAUCCAAAGCAUUGUAGCCAUUAGCUUUUUUCUGAGUUUAGCUGAUAGGGUUUUAUUAGUAACUUUUUCCUUUCCUUUCCUGCCAAACUUUCUGCAACGUUCAGUAACGACAAUGAGAGAAAAAAAAUGUGAAAAAGAGACUGAGAGUAUAAGGAACGGAAGAAGGGAUUCUGGGAAAUGUAGUGAGCAUUCCCCCCCCCCCAAAAAAAACAAAAACUUUAGGAUUUCAAAUUCUGGACUGAUAAGCAAUUAUUGAAGAAGUAGUUGUGCUUCAUUUCACCCCGGUUGUUGUACCACAGGUGGAGGAAUAGUCGUGUUAUUCUACGUGGCGUAGUGAUACGCGCAGCAGCCACUAACAGACAAUCUGCUGUACACAUGAGCACGAGGAAGGUCUCUUAACUCUGACAUGGACACAGCCACAGACAGAUGAAUGUGUCGUGUCACAUUAAAAAUAAAACUGGUACAAAACGACAACUUGUUUGGAAGUUGUGCAGAAAAAAAAAACAUUUUUGUUUAAGUUGACCUUCAAAAAGCAGGAUAAUGGGGGAAAGGACAUUAUUUAGAAACCCAGAUCCACCCUCCCCCCCCCCCUCACAUAAAAACAGACUCCCCUGCAGUAAAUGCAAAAUGAGGUGUUUGUUUCUAACUUGCAUGGCAAACCGUGUCCAUAGUUUUGCCUAUUUGUGUGAUCUGUGUAUCUGCCAUUUCUAAUCUAACUGCCGAUUGUACAUUUCUUUUGUUAGUGGUUUAAACGACCUGUGUAUAAUGUCUUUCUGAUCUGAUAAUUACUGCUUAUGCAAUGCAAUGAUGCUCAAGAGUUUGCUAAAUUCGAUUAAUUUGAGUUGCUUUUGAGAGAAGAAUUAUAUUCUGAGACUGCAAACAACUGCUACUAUAGUGAUCUGUUAAAACAUGUAGUAUUGUAUGGAUUGAACAAUAGUACACUUAUGUCAGAUUAUGCUCCUGAAGAUGUGUUUAUAAAUUCUUCAGGUUUUUCGGGGGUCAUUGGACAUAAAAGAAAAGUUAAUGUUCCUCUCUUCGGACCGAAUGAAGAUGCAUAAUUGUAGCAGCUAGUUAUAACUAUCUGAUGAUAUUGUGCAACAAUAUUAUUAGGUUAUUACCACAUGAGAUAUGAGAACAUGUUUUGUGAUUUACAACCGGAAAAUGCAGUAAGAUGAUGCAACUGGAUUUGCGAAAACAAAUGCAUGCUUACCACUUUUGCUGAUGCCAAUAAAUAAAUCAUCAACAGAA